AUGGGCUCCUAUAAAUCCUGCCAAGCCGGCAGCUACAGCUCAACAGACAGCUCAUCGUCAAAAAGCACGGCAGCAACAAUCCACAGCGAACGAAUAGCCCCCAAACCACACAAAAGCGACUGGGUCACCAAUCCAGCCAACCAAAAACACACCUACAGAUCCGAAUCCAAAGCCGAAGUUAAGUACGAGUGCCGCGACCCACAUCCUCACGCCUCAACCUCAACAUACGCCUCAACAACAUACUCCACAGCCGAGUUCGACCCAGAGCCCGAACCAAUCGAGCCCACAAGCCCCCACGAAGGCCGCUACUGCGUAAAUGAACGGCAAGAAUUCUACCCACUAGACGCAAUCCCCUCAACACCUUCCUCCUUUGCGCCACUAUUCCCCUCCUCGCGGCGACUGCUCAUCCGUCACGACGAUGCAACCAUCGACGGAAACAUGAACUUGCGCGUCGAUACGUCCGUCCACCUCCGUGACGGCUCGCAGCGCGACGUCAUUCUCUUCCACCUGCGCAUGUACGACCUCUUCUCGCGGAAGUUCUCGCUCCGGCGGUACUGCCGGGACUCGGGGCGCGAGGUGUGCCAUUCUGCAAGGCGAGAGGUCGUACCUGCUCAUGAGCGAAGGCCUGUGCUGCGCUCCUCGUGGAGUAAUGUUUUUGCUGGGCUUAGGCCUGGUUCAGCCGGUGGUCAUUGCCCGCCGAACGGGGAGCUUAAGAGGCAAGAUUCAGGGCUUGGGGCUGACAGUGGACAUGGACAUGUUGCAGGAGAAGAGGUAGAUAAGAGAACAACUGAGAAGGAUGAGUUGGAGAAGGAAGGACAGGGCGCUUUGCCGAUACUGGGUGAGUCGAUUUUGCUCGAAUUCUCGAAUUAUGCGCAUGUCGAGCUGCGCCGCAAAGGCCCUGGCUCGACUAAGAAAUAUGAGUUUGAGUAUUGGUCCACGAAGUACCAGUGGCGGAGGGAGGUCCGCAAAGAGGGUGAUCUGCAUGAAGUGUCUUAUUUCUUGGUUGACACGCGCACUUCUAAGACUAUUGCUCAUUUGGUGCCGGAUACGCUGGCGCCGCUGGAGGUUGUUGAGGAGGAGAGUAAGGGUGGUUGGGUGCCGCCUUCUUCAUUGUGGAUCAGUGACCCUGAAGUUUACAAAACGAUGCCUGAUGUUGCCGAGUAA